UUUUACCAGCAGCGCGAGCAGAAGAGGAUUGAAUUCCAGGUUGACGGGAGGAUCCGUACAGUCAAUUGGAAGCCAUCCUCUCUCCCAGACCAGUAAGAUGGGUAAAAAGAGUCGAGUGAAGACCCAGAAAUCAGGGACCGGGGCCACAGCUGCGGUUUCUCCGAAAGAGAUGAUGAAUUUAAUCUCUGAACUGCUGCAGAAGUGUAGCAGCGCUGCUCCCUCUCCUGGGAAAGAGUGGGAGGAAUAUGUUCAGAUCCGAGCUCUGGUGGAGAAGAUCCGUAAGAAACAGAAAGGGAUGUCAGUAUCAUUCGAGGGAACCAGGGAGGACUUUUUCUCUGAGCUGAUGACCUGGGGUGCAGAAUGCGGGGCUUCUUGUGACGGUUUUGAGAUCUCCAACUUUGCAGAUGAAGGAUAUGGCCUGAAGGCCGCCAGAGAUAUCAAGGCAGAGGAGCUGUUCCUGUGGAUCCCUAGAAAAAUGCUGAUGACUGUAGAAUCUGCCAAGAACUCUGUCCUUGGACUGCUGUACAGCCAAGACCGGAUCCUUCAGGCCAUGGGCAAUGUGACUCUGGCUCUACACUUGCUGUGUGAACGGGCCAAUCCCAGCUCACCUUGGCUGCCCUACAUCAAGACCCUGCCUGCUGAUUAUGACACACCCCUGUACUUUGAAGAGGAGGAAGUGCGCCACCUGCUGGCCACACAAGCCAUACAGGACGUACUCAGUCAAUACAAAAACACAGCACGGCAGUAUGCCUACUUCUACAAAGUCAUCCAUACUCAUCCGAAUGCCAGCAAACUGCCCUUGAAGGAUGCUUUUACCUUUGACGACUACAGGUGGGCAGUGUCCUCUGUGAUGACCCGUCAGAACCAGAUUCCUACAGCAGACGGAAGUCGGGUCACACUGGCCCUCAUCCCUCUCUGGGACAUGAGCAACCACACCAAUGGCCUGAUUACGACUGGCUACAAUCUAGAGGAUGACCGAUGCGAAUGUGUGGCUCUCAAAGACUACAAAGAGGGUGAACAGAUCUACAUAUUCUAUGGUACAAGAUCCAAUGCAGAGUUUGUGAUCCACAAUGGUUUCUUCUUUGAGGACAACGCACACGACCGCGUGAAGAUUAAGCUGGGUGUGAGCAAGAGCGAACGUUUGUAUGCCAUGAAGGCCGAGGUUCUGGCUCGUGCUGGGAUUCCUGCGUCCAGUAUCUUUGCCCUGCACUGCAGCGAGCCGCCCAUAUCGGCUCAGCUCCUGGCCUUCCUGCGUGUCUUCUGCAUGACUGAAGAGGAACUCAGGGACUACCUGGUGGGCGAUCACGCCAUCAACAAGAUCUUCACCCUGGGCAACACUGAAAUCCCUGUCAGCUGGGAGAACGAAAUCAAGCUGUGGACGUUCCUGGAAACACGGGCUGCGCUGCUUCUCAAAACAUACAAGACGUCCUCAGAGGAGGACCGCUCCAUGCUGGAGAAGCCUGACCUGUCCCUGCACUCCCGCAUUGCUAUAAAGCUACGGCUGGCGGAGAAAGAGAUUUUGGAGCGCGCUGUGUCCUGCUGUCGGGCCAAGCGCCUGCACUUCCAGAAACAGCUGGACGAAGGGACCCCGCUGCCACUGUACGAAGAAAGCGACAUCGCCCUUUUGGAGAACGCAGAUGCUAAACUCCCCAUAAUCCUGCGCAAACUGGAAGAAGAAGACGAGAGUGUUCAGGAGGAGAUGAACCUGGCUCAAAUCAAGCCGGACGCUGCCUGCGUGGACUCCUCCAAGACGCCCGUUCUUAACAGCCAGUGUAAAGAUCUCAAUGGUACUCAAGAGGAUCCUCCAGGAGGUGAUGCGGUGGUGAAAGAGAGUAAGGUUGAGAAGCACGACCCGAGUACCAAACGAACUGAAGGUGAACCAAAAGAUGGCGGCAAGUAGUCAUAACCAGCGCACGGUGGCAAUCUUAGUUCCUGCUAUUUAUUUAUUUUCGUUUAAGAGACUCACAAAUAGGAGCAAAAGCUUUCUAAACUAAAGCAGUGGAUUUCAGUUUAAACGUUUUUUUUUUAUUAUUAUUAUUAAAUGCAGCUUAAGUAUGAGCUAGCUCAAGCUAUAAGAAGCCUGUUGUUUGUUUUGAUUUUGUUUUGUUGGAGAUUUUAUCAGUGCCACAUUUGGUUUCUUUUGUAGUAGCUUCGCUCGUCCUGCCAGUAAAAGGUGGUAGCAAGGUGAGGAAGUAGCCAAUCAUAUAGACUCCCAUCUAGAUGAAGGCUUUCUCGGACUUCACAAAAUGAAAGAAAAAAAUAUAUAUCAGACUUUAACAUGGUAACGUUGCCAAGGAUGUUUCUGUUUACUCGUCUAAAAUGCUGACUGGGAAUUUGACUUCUCUUUAACCAGCCGUUGCUGUAGAUCAUGCCAGAAACGCGCUUGACGUUUAGUGCUGCUUGACAAUCAUUACUCUUAUGUUCUGACAUCGAUCAGUAAAGAGUUCAUAACUGCCUCGCUGCACGCUAGUUACUCUACUCGCAUAAAAAGUAAGGUUACUGAAAGACGUCAGUCCCAAAAAAAAGUAUAUAUUUUCAUGCACUUCAGAGAACAGUCAGUGCAUUCUCAAAGUGAGCAUUAUUUUUGGUUUUGAACCAGAGGAUAAGAGGUUGUUGGUGACCAUGUGGUUACUUUUUGCUCUGAAUGUAAUUCAAGGUUUGUGUGUUAAAGCCAUUCACUCUUCAUUGUUCUUCAUAUAUAUUCGUUUUAAUCCUUCUGUGCUUAUGAAACACUUUGCAGUGACUAACUUCUCUCAUACAGUACGUGAUCUUUGGGAAAUCUAUUUUUGUUUUCCUUAUUUUUAUGCAAGUAUUCACUGCAACACCAAAAUGAUCUCUCGCAUUUGUCAUGCAACUGUUGUGGUCAUCUUUAAGCCUUAACGAAUGGCAUUUAGUUGGAUUCCAGAUACAGAAACAUUGAUCCAGGAUGAAGAUGUGCAUCACCCACAAGGCAAAACUCUGUUCCUGUCAGCUUUUAAAUAACAAAACAUUGGGGGCUAUUAAUUAAAGAAAUAUUUCACCCAAACAUGAGAAAUCUACCAUUAUUCACUCACCCGAAUGUUGUUGCAGAUCUGUCUAUUGUUAUUUAUUUAUUGAGCACUGUAUUCUAAGUCUUUUAAAAGCUAUAUGAUGCAGUUUGGUCAGUUAUUUACCCAAAGCUAAGCAAUUAUUUACUGAUAAUCUUGCAUCUCUUCCUCAUAUGAAGCUAUCAUAUGGCUUCGGAAGACUUUGAAUAUAGAUUUUUUUUUUUAAAGCUUUUCAGCACAGCUUUUUAACAUAAUAUAUAGGAUAUAAUAUGAGGGUAAGUAAAUAAUUACAAUUUUUGUGUGAAAUAAUUAUUAAAUUAUAGAGCAGUGUUCCUCUACCCAGUCACAUGAGCCAUCAGAAAUGACUUGGGUUUUUGAGAAAUUAAUCAAAAUAUCAGAAUAUGCCCCCAAUGUUUUGUUAUCCUUUUGAAGUUGUGUACAUGGCAAUGGAAUACAGAAAUGGAAAUGACAUUUCAGUUCAAGUGUUCUGCCCAACUAAACAGCACUGUUCAAUAAUAUACUGUUCAGAAUGGUUUAUGAUGUUGAAAGAUGAUGAUUGUAUGGAAGUCUGUCACUUGUUCUUGCUGCUUCUGUAUAUAGAUUUAUAGCUUUGGAAAGCUAUCAGCUUUAAUACACUUAUUCUCAAAUCUUUAAUGUGAUCUAGCCAUAAAGAAAAUACACAGUGGAUUGCACUGACUCCCAGUGCGUCAGUACAACUGUGUAGGUAAGAGCCAUUAGAGUCUGUCUACAAUGACAAGUUCAAGAUUAAAGUUCUGUGCAUUUUUCACCUGAGUCAAAUAAGGUGGAGUGCUUUUCUUCAAAUCUUUGACCUGUCUAUCUGUCUUUAAGAGGGCCUUUUUUUAAAAUCCCCAUUAGGAGACGUAAGGGCACUCGUCCAUUGUCCUUUCAUUCUUCGUUUCAUUUGCAGGGAG